CAACGUCAGAGUAGUGUUUAAAACGCAGAUUAUUCCUUGGGCAUGGGGGUCAGUGUAACGCAUUUUGACUUGAGUUAUUGGUUUUACCCAGCACUCUGUCUUGUAUUCUGCACCAUGGCGAACUCUUAAACGCUGUACUUUUGGCUACUACGCUGUAUUUAUUCCGCCUGCCCUAAAUCUGACAAAGAUCUAACCCUUCGAAGGGUUUCAAACUCACUUUAUUUUUAUUUUUUUAAAGUCAACGAAAACCUACAGCAACUCGCGCUUUGGAACUCUGUGGAGACGCCAUUUGGCAAUGACAUCGCUCCCGUGCGCUCUGUGCAUAAUAUGGAUAUGUCUGGUCUGUCAUUCGACGGGAACGGGAUUUAUUUACCAGUUUCCCGGAGUGACUGGUCAAAGCGUCAACUCGGAGCAGAGAGCGACCACAGGUUCACCAGGCAGCGGAUCAAACAUUCACCUCAGGAACUGGUGCCAGUACAAUGUGUUGAGGACCGUAAAGUGCCAGGUGCACAAUGGGACAGAGACCAUGGUGCAGAGAGUGUUCCAAGGCUGCCGCUGGCCAGGACCCUGCACCAAACUCAUCAGCUACAGGACCGUGGUCAGGCCGUCUUAUAAGGUGGCCUAUCGGCAGGUCACAGCUCGGGAGUGGAGGUGUUGUCCUGGGUUUGUAGGGGAUGAAUGUCGAGAAGAGUGUAUGAACUGCACUGGCUUCACUGACAUAAACAACAGACUGAACUUCAUCGAGUCCAAGAUUAAGAUGCUAGAGGGAGCAGGUUCACCAUCACCUUCCUUCAACAACUCAACAGAGGGCUCCAAUGACAACGUGAUGUACACCCCCACCCCCACCCCCAUAGGCCCUCCAUCUAACCUGCACCCAGGAGGAAGAGGACCUCCAGGGCCAAUCGGAUCACCAGGAAUUCCUGGCCCAGCUGGCGAGGCAGGGGUUCCAGGACAGACGGGCCCCACAGGGCCAACGGGAGAGAGAGGAAGACCAGGAGAGAUCGGUCUUCCAGGCCUCCCCGGACCUCCAGGCCCUCCAGGGCCACCCUCCUCCUCUACCCGGCCGAGAGGUGACAUGUUUGGGUUCGACGAGCAGGCAGAGGAGAACCCUCUUACUCCAACUCUUCCUGAGUUGGUAGCUGGCCCUCUCGGUCCAUCUGGUCCCUCUGGACCUCCAGGUCCCCGUGGACCAAUCGGACCAGCAGGAGUUCCAGGUCUCCCAGGGCGAGACGCAGUGGGAGGCCUCCAAGGCAAGGCUGGGAAUCCCGGUCCUAAAGGAGAUGCAGGGGAGAGGGGCCCUUCAGGAUUACCAGGGGAGCACGGCCAGCCUGGGCAGUCUGGGCAGAAGGGGGAGCCAGGAGAGGGUUUACCUGAGGGGGGCGCUGAAGGAGUGCAGCAGCUGAGGGAAGCUCUCAAGAUCCUGGCAGAGAGAGUUCUGAUUCUGGAACACAUGAUUGGCCUCCACGAGAGUCCAGUGGAAUCAGGCUCUGGACUGGAGAGCCUACCAGACUCCUUUUCCUUCCCCGCCGUCAAGACCAGACUGGCCGAGUCCACCAUCAAGACCACGCGACUCCAGCCUCUCCAACUCUCCUCCCGUCCAUCCUCAAGGAAACAAUCUGGUGGCCAGACAGAGACAAUGUCUUUUUUAAGACACCAAUGAGUGUUUAGUGUGUGUGUGUGUGUGUGUGUGUGUGUGUGUGUGAUAGUAAUGGCUAUGGAAAGAUGUAGUAUCAAAAACCCUGCAGAAAGUAUUCAUUUACAUAAUGCAUGACUGGAUAUAUUUUCAGAAAUAUACUCAUAUGUAUUCUCUCUUCUGUGUAGUACACAAUUUAAUUAACAUGCUGUUCUGAGAGCUGAAACCAGACCAUGUUCUGUUCUGUUCUGUUCUGUUCUGUUCUGCUCUGAGAGCUGAAACCAGACCAUGUUCUGUUCUGUUCUGAGAGCUGAAACCAGACCAUGUUCUGUUCUGUUCUGAGAGCUGAAACCAGACCAUG